UUCUGUAAAAACGUAAAAAACGCAUACUUCAAUUAAUUACCAUAGUCUGGGAACCCAUUUCUUUGCAACACAGGAAGCCACACGGGUGUAAUUUGAUGCAACGCCGGCCCCUCUUCCGGUCUCUUUUCCCGUAGCCACCGGAGGAAAAUGACGAAGGGAACAUCGUCUUUCGGUAAGCGCCGGAACAAGACGCACACUCUGUGCCGUCGUUGCGGGGCCAAAGCCUACCACCUGCAGAAGUCCACCUGUGGCAAGUGUGGCUAUCCUCAGAAGCGCAAGAGAAAGUACAACUGGAGUGCUAAGGCCAAGAGGAGGAACACCACUGGCACUGGACGCAUGAGACACCUUAAGGUCGUCUACCGCAGAUUCAGGAAUGGUUUCCGGGAAGGUACCACCCCCAAACCCAAACGUGCUGCAGUGGCUGCCUCCAGCUCAUCCUAAAUGACACAUUUUUGGUUAAAUAAAUGUGAUGUUAAACAGGA